AUGUCAUUUAUCAAUCCACUGGCGUUUGUAACUGCACCGAUAUGGCGCUACUUUCUGAGGAAAGAACAUAAACUUUUCUGUUAUUUUUCCAGUGGUGGUUACGAUGUGCCAAAAUUGCCGGAGAAGCCAAACAAUCAGUCUCCGCCGAUCACCUCUUUGCAAACGGAUAGAGCUGACUUCGACGAUGGAAUACAAAAGUCGAUGUCGCCGGAACCCCUGAAGCAGGUUUUUUUCCAGCGAAACGCUAAGCAAGAUGCCGUACUUGGUGAAUUAACCCAACGCCUAGGCAAAUCUAAAUCGUUCAGCGAUGACUCUCCAACGUCUGAAUCAGCACCCCCUCCACUCCACAAGCCACCAGAUGACAAUGCGAUGCCAUUACAUCGAGAGAAGCAUGAACUUUCUACUAAAACAUUCGUGUGGUUGAUGGUCGAGAACAUCCCGGCAACACUGCAAACACAGUCACUAGGUUUUAAGAAUAAUGAUAUUCUGCGGUGGCUGGAUUACGAGCCAAAGUACCUUGAAAGCGAGCCUCCUCCUCUGCCCGCGGGUAGAUUCCUCGAUUGCGAAACGUGGUCGGGCCAACUCGUGGUUGUGCCCAGUGAUUAUGCUCGCCCCAUCAGCUCCAGCCUUGAGCUGGCCCAGGUGCUGCAGCGCAUGCCACGAGCUCGGGUCAUUAAGGACUUUGUCGGCACCGGGGAUGACGAUCUCUCCGUUGGGGCUGGUGAAGUGAUCUACCUCCUGUUCGAAUGUGACAGUACCUACUUUAUGGCAAUGAACAAGGGUUUGACACGUGGAAGGGUGCCGAAAAGUGUGCUCAAUGUUCUCGUUGCGCCUUGA